AUGCUCUCCUCGUGGUGGGAGGAGCCUUCCAUCGGUUGCCUAGCCGUUUUGAUGCAAAGAAUGUACAGAAAGUUCGGCGACGUCGAGUUUCGAAGCUAUGAGAGCGCCUUGGCGGUUGGUUUCGGUCUUGAAAAUCUGGAAAAUCAAUGAAAUAUAACCUGUGUGCCACGUCUUGUAAUUUCACGGAACGACAUUCCGCUGUUCCGCUGCGUGCGGUCGCGAAGCGUCUUUCGAAUCUUGGUCACGCUUUCAAUGGAUUGUUAUUGCUGUGGGAGCACAUGAAAGUAGAGUACCUUAAUAAAAGAAAAAAAAAAUUAAAAGCGCGACCAAGGUUCGCAAAGGCGCGCAGCGGCACAGCGGAAUGUCGUUCCGUGAAAUUACAUAGGCUAUACCGUCCCUUAUUACCGGCAUUUCCAGUGCGAAUCGGUCGUUAUUGGCGACUAUUUGAAAAUUAUCGCAUUUUUCCAUUUUCUCUUUUUUUUUCUUUUUGGCGCCAAUCCAAAAAUUAUCACGACUCUGAAUUUUUCUUGUGUUGAAGGUAAGUUUCUUCGUAGUUUUCACCAAAAAAAAAUAUCCAAGGGCGAUAAUUUUUGAAUCGCCGCUAAAACGCAACGCGACCGCUCCGCACACGAGUUUCGAAAGAUUCCCUCCAUUUUAAAAAAAUCCAUUUCAUACCCAUUGUGAAGUCGGAAAUUUUUUGAAUUCUCAAUAACAUAGGUAAAGUCGGAAGGUCCCUCCGAGGGUCCAUGGAGGCUACUGGAAGACUCCAUAAAAAUUCUCCAUAAGUAUUGAAGGCCCCCUUUUUGCUGUCUUUUUGCGCCAUUUUCUCGGCCCUUAUGCACCAUUUUUGCUGCCUCUCCCAUUUUUCAUCAUUUCUUGAGCCUUUAAAAUCCCAGAAAUAUGGUAGCCUUAAUAAAAGGACUCUUUUUCGCUGCCUUUCUGCGGCUUUUUUGAGCCUCUCCUUUUUAGCGGCCAUCAUCCAUCAUUCCGACUUCGCCCGAGUAUUCAGAAAAUUAUUAUCCAAGUAAGAAAAUUAUUGGGGUCCUCCUUCUGUAUAAAAUGUCUUCAAAGGCCUUUUUUUCGUUUUUUCUUACUUCAUAAAAUUCAAAUUUUUGAUUUUCUUUCUUCUAAUAUUCAACUCGAAAAUUCUUUCCAGGACGCCGCCCCAAGGGAGUGGAAUUGUGUGGCCAAUGGUCGAAUCAUGUGGCACCUUUUCGGAGUUUCGAAUUCCUACCUCUGGGAGACGAAUUUGAUGACUCCUACCAACACAAAAGCGCCUUUUAUGGUGAGCUAUAAUUGGAAAAAUAGUUAGCAAAUUUUAUCAGCCUACGAACUUUAAAACGUUAAAUUUAAGUGAAAGUCAAAAAUCUAGAAAAAUCAUAUUUAAUUGGAACUUGAGUGCUCUGAAGUACGAAAAAAACUUAUUAUUUUUACUCUGUAUUACUUUAGUGGCCACUUAAGAGGCUCUUCAAGGACCACUUGGCGAGGAUACUAAAGUGGCCACUAGAUCUUGCUUCUUAGUACCACUGGGACUCCUAAAGAAGUCACUAUAUUUUAGGCCCUUAAGUGACCCCUAAUCCUACUACUAUAGUGACCACUAAAACGUCAAAGCCCUUAAGUGGCCACUCGAAAUUUUUCCAGUAAGUUCGCGACUUGAAACUGCUCUUUUCUCUGCGCCCUCCUCGUCUCUUGGCGGCUCUCUCAUUUUGACGUGCUAUUUUCACGUUUCUCUGACCUUGCCGGCGAGGGAACAGAGAGACGCAGACACUCGAAAAGUUUCAAGUCACCGUUUGUUUAGAUUUUGAAUGUAGAGAUGCCGCUUAAGCUCCGCCACUCACACAGCGAUAAACCAAUCAGAGAGCGUUUUCGGAUGACGUCACUUGAAAUUCAGAAUCUAAGUAGACCCUGAAAAAUUUUAAUUUUUCCCCCUGCGCCUUUAAAUUUUUUUCACAAGAAGAAGAAAGACUUCCUAUUUUACCAGUGUCGUCCUGCGAAACCGGUUCUUGCGGUGAGAUGCUUCAAUAUCGACGACAUCGCCAGGAAUGCCUACCUUUUGCUGUACCCGAACAAAGAAAGACUUCUCAAGGACUUCGUCCUGGUGAGCUUUUCCUCUUCUCUAGGUCUUUUAAAGGAGCAUGGGCGCACUCCAAAAAGGUCUCGAGGUGAAGAGCCGUUUCCGGUGUUUUUUAGGCCUCUGUGCCUUUAAAGAUCCCAGUGAAAGCCAGAGUGAUCCCUAGAGGGGCGACCUUGAAGGUUCCCCUUUAGGGACAUUUUUCGCUUAUUGAUUUUCUAGGUCUCGCAACGAUUUUGCGCCUGUAAACAUGUCUAAGGGACCCCUAGAGGGGAACCAUAGAAGCCCUUGUAGUUUUCCCUCAAGGGGGCACUUGGGCUGUCAAAAGCGGCCACUUCAGGGAGCGUGCUAAUGGUCCCCUAUAUGACAUUCAAACUUUCAAAUCAGUAAAAAAAAAAUGAAAAAGAAUCCCUAUAGGGGCCACUUAGCUUUAGAGGCUUGGGGGCAGAUCUUAUACUCCUCUACGUCGACCCCUAAAUUUUAGCCCUAUAGGGGCUACUUUUCCCCUAACCGCUCGAGGGACUACUUCGGCGUUUGUUUCAUACUUGAGAUUUCAGGAAUAUCAACAAAAGGUGAAGGAAACCUGGACGAUGCAUCACACGAGAAUUAUUUACGAAUAUGCGAGGGGCAAAGAUUGUGUAAAUUAUUAUUUUUUUUAUUAUUUUUUUAAAUUUAGUUUAAAUCGGAUAAAAGGAUUUUUUUGAUUUUUGAAAAAAAGUGAAAAAAAUGAAAAAGUGUCCAUGGAGCGCAUAUUCGUCACGGAAAUGCUCUGGGCCAAAUCUUAUAUUUUUUUAAUUUUCAAUAAUGUUUUUUUAGGGUUCUAGUUCGUAAAAUCAUUAGCAUCGAUGUUUCAUAAUUUAAAUUUUACGUAUUUCUCUUGAUUUUUUUUGGAACUCGAUUCAAGUGAAAAAAAGUUUAAAAACCGUUUUCGAGCGAAAAAAAUUACCUAGGCUUCGUUUUUGAAAUAAUAAAAAAAUUCUUUUUUUAUUUCUAGUUCCAGGUUUUUCGACCUGUGGGACGGUGUGAUCAGAUUGGCGAGAAUGGAUUUCUUGGUCCAUUACAUCCCGAAAUCUUUCAAAUAAAUCCAAAAACCAAUUCUUUCUUAAGCAUAAUUCGAUCUCUAUAUGUAUCUUUUUAUUUAUUUUCGUAUUCGUUAGCAUUUUCCAAAAAAUGGUAUUUUCUCAUAACUGGUUGAAAUUUCCAAUCAAAAUGGUUUAGCUUUAUCAGUUUUUACUCAAUUUUCAUACACGGUACUUUUCUCAGCCUUAAUUCGCCUUAUUGUCACUAACUAUCACUUACCUUGAUACUUUUCCAUGUGCUAUUUCUCUCUUGAAGCAUUUUUAUUCAUUUUUGGCAAUAAAACCUUUUUUCGGAGGAAAGACGUUUCCCAAUCAAUUAUAUCAAAUACAAUAAAGGGAUUCUGCAAAAAAAAAAAUCCAAGUGAAUGUCGCAAUUCAAACAGGGUUACUGUAGCCACCAAGUCCGCAAUGACGGUAACGUUGCGGCCGAUGCGCAUCGAUUGA